AUGGCGGACUCAGUCGAUCGGGUGUUCGUCCAUGCCCUCAACACGGUCAAGAAAGUCCCCAAAACCGGGGCACUGCGGCCCCCGCCGUCCGAUCGAAUGCGACUCUACGGCCUCUACAAGCAGGCAAUGGAGGGUGACGUCGAUGGAGUCAUGGAUAGGCCGACUACCAAAUCAGGCAUAUCAGGAGACGAACUGCAGCGGGAGCAAGAUAAGUGGGACGCGUGGGACUCGCAGAGGGGUAUCAGCCGUACGGAGGCAAAGAGGCGGUAUAUCGAGGCCUUGAUCGAGACAAUGCACAAAUAUGCUACAACACCUGACGCAGCAGAGUUGGUGUCCGAACUGGAAUUCGUAUGGAAUCAGAUCAAGAACAACAGCCCGAGCUCAUCGAAUGAGUCUGCAAAGCAGCUUGGCAUGAGCAUGGACACAAGCCCGAAACGAUUUGCCCAGCCCAUGGCAGGAACUGACGGGCCUAUGAAGAUAUUGAGCCCCAUGAGCGAGGAGGACGAGGCGGAACUCGACUACCAGAGACGUAUGGCAGCUGGUGAUCCGGAUGACGACGGCGAGUACGUCAAGAGAGGGGACAGGUGGUCGAAGAAGAUGGAGAGAGCGAUCGUGCGGCUGUCCGCGGAAAUAGCGGCUCUCAGGGAACAAAUCACGUCUGGCCGAGAAUGGAGGUCCAGAAAAGAGAGGAGCUUUGGCGCCUGGAUAAGAUGGCUCCUGUGGGCGGUUAUGAAACAUGCUAUUGCCGACACUUUGCUCAUAUUCCUUGUCCUAAUAUGGAUGCGAAGGAGGAAAGACAGACGACUCGAGGACCACUUCCGGGCUGCCGUGAAAAUCGGGAGAGAGUACGUGCGGAAGGUGCUACCGUCGAGAUGA